GUACUAUAGGGGAUUUUGCGCCGUGCUUUGGGUCUUUUCACAAGUUGGUUACAAUAAAAGCACAGCCGCUGUUACAAGUAUCCCCCUUACGGAAAUUGGUUAUCAAGUAUAACAUUUUAUAUGCAGAUGUUUUGAGACAUGUCAGGAUUUUCGUUAGGUGGUGGUGGCGGAGCAUCAGGCACUGGUGGUUUCAGUUUUGGCACUCCUAAGACAACUGCCACAACUGGAGUGUCAUUUAAUCUGAAUGCAACUACCCAAAGCACUAGUACAGGGUUUGGAUUUGGGUCUACCACUGCAACAAGUGGCCAACAACCAGCAUCAGGUGGCUUUUCAUUUGGGACAACACAACAGUCCACAGCUCCUGCUGGCGCUGGAGGUGGCGGGUUCACAUUUGGACAGCCUGGUGCUACAUUAGGCAGUGCCACGGCUCAGGCAACUGGGUUAGGUGGUUUGGGGCAAAGUGUGACUACAACUGCAGCUGUUCCACAGUCAGGAGGCUUCUCAUUUGGUCAGUCUGCUGCACAGACAGCUGCCAAACCUACAGCCUCACUGGCAAGUACUUUGACGAGCACCCCUGCAGGUGGACUGAAAUUUGGUGAGUGA